AUACUUGGAAAAUGCGACUUUGGUUGAAAGGAUUGCCUAUUUCUCCUCUCUCUCUCUCUCUCUCUAACUGGAAAAGGCCAAGGCAAAAUUUCCACAUAUUUGGAAACCCAGAUCUCUGUUUGUUCCAUUCCGCUCUUAAUUAACCUUGCCUCUCGGCGUGAGACGGUGCCGCGAAUCAAUCUAGGCCGCAGGGAAGCAGCUCCGACGCGCCGGAAAGCUCCACACGAUCAAUUAGUUGGCGGAUAGAUCAGCGAUCCGCAUAGAAAUGAGUCGAAUUGAAGAAGCAGAUCUCAUGUUCAAUGCAAUUAACCAACAAGUCCGAUAAUUAUGUUGCAUUCAAGGUGAAGACUACGAACCCGAAGAAGUAUUGUGUGAGGCCAAACACAGGAGUCGUGAUGCCUCGCUCCACUUGUGAUGUCAUAGUUACGAUGCAAGCCCAAAAGGAGGCUCCACCAGAUAUGCAAUGCAGGGACAAGUUUCUCCUCCAGAGCGUAGUUGUGAACCCUGGGACUACUGCAAAAGAUAUUACUCCUGAUAUGUUCAACAAAGAUUCGGGAAAUCAAGUGGAUGAAUGCAAAUUGAGAGUUGCAUAUGUUCCACCCCCUCAACCACCUUCACCAGUGCGGGAAGGGUCAGAAGAAGGGUCGUCCCCUAGGGCCUCAGUAUCAGACAAUGGGACUUUGAAUCAGGCUUCUGACUUUAAUAUGACGUCAAAAUCAAUUUUUGAACCGCAGGAAAGCACACCAGAGGUUAAGGCCCUGAUCUCAAAGCUGACCGAGGAGAAACGUUUUGCUAUUCAGCAAAAUAACAAACUUCAGCAAGAAUUGGAGCUGUUGAGACGUCAAGGUAACAAAAGCCAAGGUGGUAUCCCACUCAUGUAUGUCAUCAUUGUUGGCUUAAUUGGUAUCCUGCUGGGUUAUCUGUUGAAGAGAAUAUGAUUGAUGGAAGCAGGGUCUUUAGAUAUCUCAGCCGUUUGCUUGUUCAAAAUUUUAGGACAUUGAAGAAAUGUGUCAUUGAUAAGAGCUUUAUAUUCAGUUAGCUGUUUGUUCGACUGUAGAAACAAAGCCUAAACUGGUUUUGGUGGUUCCUGUAAUUGCUCAAAAUGCAUUCGUUGUGUGACUAGCUUUGACAUUUUUAUUUUACAACUCUGAGGAGUUAUUUUGUUUUUCUUUUCUUUUUUCUUUUACCUAAACUCAGCUUCUUUAGUUUAUUUUUU